CCACAGUGCCAUCGCCUGACGCCAAAGCUACUGCCGCGGCUCCCUCUUCUGCUCCCAGCCACCUGGUUCCUGCUGCCAGAGAGGCAUCAUGGGGUUCUGGAAGUUAUCCCCCUUCCUGGUCCUCAGCAUCCUGGUCUUGUACCAGGCGGGCAUGUUCCAAGCAGCACCACUCAGGUCAGACUUGGAGAGUGACUUUGAUCCUGCUACACUCACCGAGGAGGAAAUGUGCCUCCUACUGGCUGCCAUGGUGAAGGAUUACGUACAGAUGAAGGUCAGUGAGCUGGACCAGGAGACAGAGGACUUCAGCAUCACUGCCCAGAAGAGAUCCUGCGACACUGCCACCUGUGUGACCCACAAGAUAGCAGGCUGGCUGAGCAGAUCUGGGAGCGUGGUUAAGAGAAACUUUGUGCCUAACAAUGUGGGCUCCGAAGCCUUUGGCCAGGAUAGCAGGGAACUUCAGUUCUGAGCAGUGAAAUGACUCCAGGAAGAAGGUCACCAUGAACCUGAACUCUUAAUCUGCAGUGAAAGCUACUUACAAAAAAUAAUAGCAUGGAAGACACACAUACAUGCAUGCCUCUUGAUAUUGAAAACAUUCUUUUCCUUGAAAUAAACUGAACCUAAAUGCAGAAUAAAAUUGUUGCAG